UCUUUAACCAUCAAGGAAAAAGACAGGUCUAAUGAGGGAUUCUAAUGAAGUUCUAAUCAAAGUGAGGAAUGAGGUAGCUUUGCAGAUGCUUACAGAUGACUUAUCUGAAGCAAGAGGAGAGAUGCAAAGAAGGUACAAAAGUUCCAGAAUUACACCUUUCAAAGCACCACUGUAAUUGAGUAAGAACAAAAACAAAUGUACCAGUAACACAGUAAGCAACACAAUCAGCAUGUUACCUACAGGUUAUUAGAUACCUGGAAAUGUAUCUAAUAACCUGUAGGUCACAUCCUGAACUACGGGACUUCAAAAAUAUGAGAUCUUUCACUGUGGAAACCAUGGCAGCUACAGUCCCCUUUGCCAGGUAUGUGGCCAGAUGCAGGCUGGAUAUUUAUUUGCCAGCCUGGGGGAGGGACUGUUAGGAAAGCCCUAUGUCUCCCCAGCUACUGCUGCUUCGCACGUCCUGCCACCAUAGAUAGAGAUGUUUUCAGUAUCCGGUACAUAAUACAGCCCAGUCUGUAGCCCAGAAAAUGUCUUCCAUGGAACAAAGUUCUUCUCAGACCCAUCGGACCACGAGAGAUCAGUUCCAUGAUUUGUGUUUCAGUAGUCACACACAUCUGGCUUAUCAGAGUAACCCCCUUUCUCAUUUUGUUUUUUGACUUGCUGAGACUUGUUCAAAUGCAAUUUAAACAUAUCUAGCUUGACCAGGGAUUUCCAAGGAGCCUUGUGAAAACCCAUGCUAAGUAGCUUCUAGGAUGCGUCUCUGUAGCCACCUGUAUGCUUGCUGGGGCAAGUAUAGGGAGCCAGCGAAGUGGCAUCAGGUGUCUGCCCCAGAGGCGACGGAGGGUGAUGCAGGGGGCUGAGUCAAGCAGGAAGGGAGAGUGUGGAACUGGGGAGGGUGGAUUUAGAAGUCAUGGAUCUCAGGACUGCUGUGCCUGGCUGUUGAAGUCUAAGCCUCAGCCUAGAGCUUCAUUUAUGGUGGCUCUCAUCUGCUUCCAAUGGUGUUCUGGCAGAAGCACAUAUUUCUCAAAGGAAAUGUCCUGCAAGUACAACACCAAUGGCAGAGGAAGGCAUCUCUGGUUCUUUCCCCAUGGAAGAAAACCCUGCUUUUUCAUUCUCUGAAGUGACACUGAGAUACUGUCCUCUGAGCAGCACUAUGGCAUAGAUCCAGGGUCAUCUGCUGGCCCAGGGACCUAGGGAAUGUUGUGGUUAAAAGUCCUUGAGGAUGUGAUUCAGGGGCAACUCUGAGAGAAUGGAUGGGUGGGGUCCUUGGAUAUGUUGAGUUUCUAGACAGGAAAAAGGGUGUACCUGUAGCCUCCAUCCUCCCCCACCCCCACCACCUAAGUCUCCCCUUCUCUCAGCAUAGAGCUGAUCAGCCCCAGGAGCUACUGUCAGAGCUACCUCAUGCCUGCUGUGGGACCAGACAGGUCUUUCAACUUGUGGUGUGCUGGGCCUAAAUAGCUGUUGUCCAACAGGACAAGGCAGUCAAUCUCCCUGUCCAAAGAGGUUGUGAGGAGUGUUGAGGGGCUUCCCAGCCAGAGUAGGAACAUGCCCAUGUAUCCUUGCUCACCGUUUUAGUUUUUCAUGCAGGUAUCUUUGUUCUUUCUGUGAAGGCAGUUAAUUUCUCAGAGCUGCUUAUGGGAGACACCACUGUUUCCACCAUCCCGUGGCUUCACAGGACUCCAGUAAAUAUAUGAUUGUCCAGGAUUCAGUAGGCAAUGCCGCUGGUGUCUCCAGAUAAUGUGCUGACUUUGGCAGCUUGGGCCUUAGAUGCUCUGGAGUGCUUCUGAAACCACUCUGGACUUCUUACUGAGAGAAUAAACCUCCAUGGACAGCACAGAAUUGCUCCUGAGCCUUGACCUGUUAGCUUGAGGAGAGCAACAGCUCAGUGCCCUUCAAUGGGAAAUAGGACCUUGGCCAAAGUGGUAAUUUCAAGCAGCAAGACAAUUUAUUGGAUGGUAUAUUCAGCACAUGGUCUGAAACUACUUAAAAUGCAAACUAACAAGAAACUUGGGCAAGCAAAGGGCAACAAAGGUGUUUUCACUCGCUCUCCAAUUUAACGAAACAUGACCCUUGACGCACACAGCUGUUACAUUCCUCGGUAACUAUUUAAUUAACAGUAAAACCAGACACUUUGGGAUUCACUGACAGGCAAAGGAUGAUUAAUCUUUAAGGGAUAUGAUGAAAGACCAUGGACCAGAUUCCAACCUCUCUUCUCAGAAACAGUGACUAGAAUCCAGAUGUACAGCGUCUGUUAGUGAUAUUUAUUUUAUUAUUUUUAAUUUGGUUAAUAGUUAGCAUUUUGAUCAUAUUAAAUAUUUUGAUUUGUUUUCUAAGUUCAAGGCUACUACUGAGUAACUUGGUCCUUUCUUGGUAAUUUAGUGAAGAAUUAUUUUUCUAACUUGUUAAACUAUAGAACUGGAGUACUAAGAAAGUGACUGAAGUAUUAAAUAAAUUGUAUUUUUUUAAAUGUCUGCAAAAUAUAUUAAUCCUCAUAAACUGCAUCUUUAAAAUACUUUGAAACAGACCUAAAACAUGACAAGAGGCAAUGGGAAGUUUGACUGUGUAAGGACUGAGAGAUCAUGUCUGUCAUAUGGGGGAAAGUAAUGUAACAUAAUGUAAUUAUAUAUUCAACUAUACAGUGUCUUGUGGACAGGGCAGAAGUACAUGGUGCAGCAAUGAUAAAACUGUUUAAUUUCAUUUUUCCUUGAGCAUAUUUCAAUUUCAUUUUCUUCCAAAAGCUGAUGUCAUUGGUUAACCUUUUAACUUGGUAUUAAGAAAGGAUAAACUUCCCAGUAGAAAAAUGAUUUAACUCAUGGCUUUCUCAGAAAGAAACAUUUCAUAUAAUUUUGCAGUAUUAUUGCAAGCUGGACGUUGCGAAGUUUCUUUUUAUUUGUGUUCGGUGACACACAACUUUUGCAAAUUAUUUGAGAACAAACAGGUUUAAAGAAAGUGUACAUGCAAAAAGAACUAUUUAACCCUGAGUUACCAAUUAACACUAUAGCUGUGUAUUCACUAACUAUAGAAGGAAAUUACACAAAAAACAAAAGGGGUAAAACUUUGUCCAUAUAAAUUGUGUUUUUUACACUGAUGCAUUCUUGUGUGUUACAUCGAGUAGAAAGCUCCUCCCAUUUCCCCAGAAUUCCUCACUGUCCUGUAUAAAACUUGUAGGAAAACCAGGUUUCAAAUUCUAUUAAUUUUUCGUCAUCAUUAUAGAGAAGAACAGGAGUGGUAAAAACAUUGUACUUUGUAAGGAUGCCCAAAGCUCUACCAGCGGGUAUGCUUCCUGAAGUUCUUAAAGAAGAUGACAGACCAAAGUGGGACAAUAAAUUCCAGUAUAUUUUAAGCUGUAUUGGAUUUGCUGUUGGUUUGGGAAACGUGUGGCGAUUUCCAUACUUGUGUCAAAUAUAUGGAGGCGGGGCAUUCCUGAUCCCAUACUUCAUAGCCCUUAUCUUUGAAGGAAUUCCACUAUUGCAUCUUGAGCUUGCCAUAGGACAGUACCUGAGAAGAGGCAGUGUUGGUAUCUGGAGUACCAUCUCACCCUACCUUGGAGGUGUUGGAAUUGCUUCCAUGGUAGUGUCAUUCGUAGUGGGUUUAUAUUACAAUACCAUUUUAUGCUGGGUGCUGUGGUAUUUCUUUAACUCCUUCCAAGACCCUCUUCCAUGGAGUACAUGUCCUCUCAAUGAGAACAGAACGGGACUCAUAGAAGAAUGCCGUGCAAGCACUCCAGUAAAUUAUUUUUGGUACAGGAGAACUUUAAAUGUAACCACUGAUAUCACAGAGAGUGGCACUACACAAUGGUGGCUGGUUUUGUGCUUGGCUGCUGCCUGGGCAGUUGUGUACCUUUGUACCAUCCGAGGAAUUGAAACCACAGGAAAGGCAAUUUAUAUAACAGCCUUUUUUCCUUACCUUGUCCUAACUGUAUUCCUUAUUCGUGGACUUACUCUACCAGGAGCGAUUGACGGAUUAGUUUACCUUUUCACUCCUAAUCUUAACAUUUUAAAAAAUCCCCGGGUGUGGCUUGAUGCAGCCACCCAGAUUUUCUUCUCUCUCUCUCUGGCUUUUGGAGGACUCAUAGCAUUCGCAAGCUACAACCCACCAAAAAAUGACUGUGAAAAGGAUGCUGUGACAGUAGCUGUUGUAAACAGCAUAACAUCACUGUAUGCUUCCAUCCCAAUUUUUUCUGUUUUGGGGUUUAAAGCAACUACUAGUUACUGGGACUGCCUGGACAGGAACAUCCUUAGCAUCAUCAAUGCAUUUGAUCUUCCGGAGCAAAGCAUCCUGAGAGACAACUAUACAACCUGGUUUGAAUACCUGAACUCAGAAUAUCCAGAUAAAAUUGCUAGUCUCAAAUUGAAAAGGUGCAACCUUCAAGAAUUUCUCGAUCAGAGCGCAUCUGGAACUGGCUUGGCCUUCAUUGUUUUCACUGAAGCAAUUAUUCUGAUGCCUGGGUCGCAGGUCUGGGCUAUUCUGUUUUUUGUAAUGUUGUUCAGUCUGGGUCUUUCUUCUAUGUUUGGAAAUAUUGAAGGAGUCUUUACUCCUCUGAUGGAGCUUAAUCUUAUACCUAAAUCUGUGCCCAAAGAAGCUAUAUCUGGAGUGAUAUGCCUGAUUUCCUUUGCAUCAGCUCUGUGCUUUACUCUGAGAUCUGGGAGUUACUGGCUCCAUGUUUUUGACAGUUAUGCAGGUUCCUUGCCUCUACUCAUCAUUGCUUUUUUUGAAGUAACUGCUGUGGCAUAUGUCUAUGGGAUUAAAAGGUUCAGUGAUAAUAUUAAGUGGAUGACAGGACGACAACCAAACUUGUACUGGAAGGUGAUGUGGAAGAUCAUCAGCCCUCUACUCAUGCUAACUGUUUUUCUGGCCUUUGUUAGUGUUCAAGUACAGAAACAACCAACCUACAGUGCCUGGAACCCAGAAUAUAAAGAUUUCCCUGCAAAGGAGGAGAAACUCUACCCAGGCUGGGUGGUGGCCAUUUGUGCGCUGUUGGCAGCCCUUCCUUCCAUAUGCAUCCCUGCAGUAGCACUCUAUCAUCUGAUUAAAAGAGUGGUAGGAAGGCAAAAAAGCAGCAUGGACUCAAGCCUAUGAAAACAUUCACAUGGCACCUCAGGAAACUAACAGUGCUUUUUUUAUAAUGUUUGAAAAUGAUUGUGCACUCAUUUUAAUUGAAAUAAAUAGGCUAAAGUCAUUGAA